UUUUGUCUUCAAUUUUUGCUUGCGUGUUGGGUCUGGCACGAAUAUAGACCGUGGGAAAAGUGUGCUAUCAGCAGUGCUCGAACGAUCGUGUAUACUUAAGUUGAAGGUGUGGUAAAAAUGUGGUAGCGCUAAAAAUAUACUCCUCCCGUUUAAUGAACUAUUGUGAGCGUACGCGAUUGUGAUAAACCCCAACACUUCUAUUAUAUAAUAACCAGAAAACUCAAGUAACAUCAAUAAAUGUCGCACACAUUGUCUGCCAAUCCACCACCGCCCGCACUUCAUCAACCACCCACAGCCAAAAAUUAUCUACCUACGCCCACAACACAGCAAUUAUCAACAUGUACGUGGGCACUGGACUACCCGGAAUUGCAGAAGGCCUGUUUUUUGGCUCGCGUAUGUGAGGAAAGGCAACCCCGAUACUGUCAGCUCCGCAAUAUUGGCGUUAUCUUGCAAGAAGGGCCCACCUGUGGCCUUACUGCGUUGAGCAUGUUGCUGGAUGGCACACCUAGUGCACGUGAACUUUUGCAGACAGCAAGGGAGCUUCGUUACACCAACAACGGCGAAAUGUUUAGUGCACAAAAUUUAUUUCAGCUUAUAUGUGAUACUCUCAAAUCGGCAAAUGAUACUACAGCCGAAGUGAUAAAUGCAAUAAAAGCAACGGAGUGCGCUAUGUCGUCGGCGGAAACGAAUGCCAAGAAAUGCAAGAAUGCGUCGGCGGCAGUGGAAUGCGAAUUGCAUCAAGGCCCACUUGACUGUGCCAAGGUCAGAGCAGCAUUGCAGUCGGGUGCUUGUAUUUUUGUGCCUUAUGAUCCUGACUAUAACCACUCACCUUGCCUGAAAUAUGGGCAUAAAGCGCAUUGGGCGCUUAUUAUUGGCUUCCUCAUAAGCGAUAAAAACGAGUUUUUUGUGCUGGCUCGUCAUGGGAAAGCGAAAAAUCUUGCCGUUUGGUCGUUAGAUGCUCUAAGCGACAGUAAUGCUAAUCUAAUAGAGUUCGAACAACCCAAAGGUUAUCCUGAUUGUGAUUUUCUGCUACCACCUGGUGGUAUCGGUGGCGAUUUAGGUUUAAGGGAACGUGCCAUAAUUGUUAACAAGCUGCCGCAAGAAAAUAUAUAUACGUAUAUUUCAAAAUGAAGCAUUAUAAAAAUUUAGCCAUAUUUUCGGGAACAUGUGUAAGCCUCUAUCACUUAGAUACAUUUUAUAUAAAUUCAUUAUAUUGUAAAGAAAAUAAUGAAAAUAAAACAUUGAAUUUUUUAUCAAGUCUAAAAGCCUGAACAAAUGUUUAAUAUACGCUUGUCAUAGCAUUUAAAAAACGA